CAAAAACCUGGGGAGUUUUACACGCCGCUUUGGACACCCAGCCAGCCCACAACCGGGGUUGCCCGGCGAUCCUCCCCCUGUUCCGGAAGGCCGGGCUCCGGAGCCCAGGAGGCGCGGCUACGAAGCCCGCCCGCCGGCGCGCACGGAGGAGGAGCGGGAGGAGGAGCGGCUGCCGCCGAUGGAGGAGCAAGAGCCCCGGCAGGAACGCGCCGCGUGCGAGCCGAGAGAAGCCCCCGAAGAGAGCGUGGCGCUCCGCUUCCAGCGCGGCUUCCUCGCCGGGAAGCGGCUGCGCGAUUUGCCCUGGGAGGAUCUUGAACAGAUACUAAAGAAUUCAGAAGACUCCUCACCACUGCUGACUGUUUUACAGAAGACUGUUUUUCACCCGCUGUGCUUGAAGUACCCUCUCUCAGUGAAGUAUAGAAGAUGCUUCUUAUCAGAGCUUAUUAAGAAGCAUGAGUCCAUGGGUGCCGAACCUCUGGAACAGCUAUACGAAGCAAUUGGGGACGUCUUAAACACUGAAGAAACCACACAGUGUUAUAAAAGCUAUUUAUUGCCCUCUGGAGAUGCCAUUACACUUUGUGAGAGCGUCGCAAUUAUUUCACGGGGAACCACAGGCCUUGUCACGUGGGAUGCUGGACUUUACCUGGCUGAAUGGGCGCUGGAGAAUUCUGCAGUUUUUUGCAACAGGAGUGUUUUGGAACUAGGAAGUGGGACCGGACUGACAGGCAUUGCAAUUUCCAAAGCUUGCCGUCCCAGGACAUACACAUUCAGCGAUCACCACGAGUGUGUUCUUCAACAGCUGUCGGAGAAUAUCCGCUUGAACGGCCUGUUUCUGCCACCUGAAACUCACGGUCAUGGCGUGGCAAAACAAGAGAUCUGUGAGGCUGAGCUUCGUGGAUCCCAGGGCCCUGAAAUAACCGUAGCAGAGCUUGACUGGAACCUAGUUACAAAAGAACGGCUGGCAGAACUUCAGAGCCCUGACGUCGUCAUUGCUGCAGAUGUGGUAUAUGAUCCGGAGCUGACACAGUCCCUUAUUGGCAUUCUGCAAAAGCUUUUCAGCUGCAACGGUGAUGGAGAGGCCCCAGAAGUCUACAUCGCCUGCACUAUUCGAAACCCAGAUACUUACGGCUGGUUCCAAACAGAGCUUGGUAAAGUUGGGAUCAGAUGGCAAGUUGUCCCCAGCCCUCAGAAGAAUCUUUUCUCUUAUGACCAACAUGCUAAUAUAACAAUUCUAAGAUUGCAUGUUUAAAUUUCUGUUUUCUCUAAAACACUCAUUUUAUCGCUAAUCCAUCAAAUUUUAUUAUGCCAUCACGGACCUGUUAAAUAUCUGCAUACAGUUUCUACCAGAACUGUUUGAUAUCUCAUACUAACUUUUGUAUUUUCUUUCAAACUUUAAUAAAAUCUGUUGGGGAAGGAAAAAGCAAAUUCUACCAGAAUAUGAGUCAAAA